AUGCUUGAGAGGAACAUUUGUUCAGUUGACGAAAGUGUUGGAGUAAAAUUACAAAGCAUAAUUAAAGAUGUUGAAAUUGAGAGUGAAGUUAAUGAUAAUUGUUAUGAAAUGGUGAUAAAUGAAUUGUUGGAAGAUCAAAAAGAUUAUCAUUCGGAAAUUUUGAAAAGAUUACUUGAAAAUAAAUUAGCCGAAAAUUCUCCAAUCGAAGAAAAACAGGAAAUUGUUGAAAAAACAUACGAAAAAAAUCCUUCUUUAAGUCCAUCAAAGCCUGACGAAUUGCCUCUGCAGAAAGUCGUGCCGAUGAAUUAUAUUUAUAAACCGCCUCGAAUUGACUGGUGGCAGAACGAUGUUGUCGUUUAUCUUUUAAUAUCAGCAGUCGAUUGUGGGAACUAUAGCUUAAUGGUUGAUGAUUUAUCAUUUCAAAUUACGAUUCGAUACAAAGGCAACCUUAUUGAAUCAACUGCUUUUAAAUUGUUCGCUGCAAUCGAUUCGAAACUUACAUCGCAUGAACUCGCUGGCCUUAACGUCACUGUUCGUUUAGUGAAAAGAAAGCUGCGAUUGAAUUGGCCACGGUUGACUGAUUCAUUAGAAAAAUCAAAAUUUAUCAAGUUUAACAAAGAAAAAUUCGAUUAUGAAGAACAAAAACAGUUGGAAUAUCUUAAAAAGCUUUCCAGAUUUAAAGGAAAUUUCACUGAUAAUUUCGAUUACGAAGAUUUUUCUGAUGAUGAAGAUGAAUUUGAAAUAUCAGAUAAUGAAGACAUGUUUUUGUAA